GACACCACGUCCUCGACCAGGCCACUUGACACCGGACGGUCGCCGGAGAGAGGAUCCACACUGCGGCGGCUCUCUCCUCCACCUCGGCCUGCAGGUGUGUGUGUGUGUGUGUGUGUGUGUGCAGGCUGGAUGGAGGGCGUGUCCAGGUGCGUGUGAGUCACGAUGGCGUCCCCGUUGUCCCGGCUGCGGUUCGGCCGGCUGCCUGGUCUCCGGGCCAAACUGCUGCGUCGCCACGAGCACCGGCCUCUGGUGUCGUGUCUGUCCGGCCUGUACGGCUGCAGGUGGCGACGCCACGAGAGGAGCUGCACGCCGCCCGGAGACUGCUGCUGCAGCAAGUUGGAAGGUUUGAGCUUCGCUCUGCUGGCGGCGACUUUCUGCCUGACGCUGGUGUUCCUCUACUUCUGGGGACAAGCGAAGAACGACUACAACGACUUCGACUGGUUUAACUUCGGGAACCUGGGCUUCUGGUUCCCCUGGUCCGUGGUGCUGCUGGUCAUCGCUGCAGGAUUCUUCACCUACGUCACGGUGCUCAUGCUGCUCGCGGUGUGUCUGAUGUCCGAGGGUCAGAAGCUCCAUUUACACUGGAGCCACAAGGUCGGGAUCCUGGUGAGUCUGACGUUCUCCGUCGCAGCCACCGCCAUCUUGUCCAACCUGUGGAGCAACGAGUGGACCACGUUGCUUCUCUCCUUCCAGGUCACGGCGCCUUAUUUACACGUGGGCGGAGUCUUGCUGAUGACGGCGCUGGCUUGGCCUAUCGCGUUGCAUUUCUUCCGCAUGAACAGCAGAGGAAGGCGUGUCCUGAUCGUCGGCUGUUACCUGGUCGUCCUGUUCGCCAUCGACCUGCUGCCGCUCGGUUUGUAUUCUCCUUGUAUCAAAGAGAGGCGGAGCCUGGGCCCUGCGCCAGCCCUCAUCGGCCACAGGGGGGCGCCCAUGCUCGCUCCAGAAAACACACUGAUGUCGUUUGAAAAGGCCGUGGAGGCCGGAAGUGACGGUCUGGAGACGGACGUCACCAUCAGUUUGGACGGCGUUCCCUUCCUGAUGCACGACCGCACGCUGCGGCGAACCACCGACGUCCGGCAGGUUUUCCCGAACCGGACCGACGCCCCGGCCGCCAUGUUCACCUGGAGCGAGCUGCAGAGCCUGAACGCCGGCGCCUGGUUCCUCUCCAACAAUCCGUUCGGAACAGCCGGCUCUCUGGGCGCGGCGGAGCGGCGGCGGGCGGCAAACCAGAGCGUCUGCAGCCUGCAGGCCGUCCUGCAGCUGGCGGCUCGGACCGACCAGCUGGUGAUCUUUGACCUCUACCGGCCGCCCAGGGGUCACCCGUACAGGAACACCUGGAUCCAACGCACGCUGGAGGUCGUCCACAACCAGUCGACCAUCCGCUCCUCGCAGGUGCUCUGGCUGCCGUCGGACCUCAGAGCUCUGGUGCAGGAAACCGACCCCGAGCUGCAGCAGACGUCAGGAAGUCGACUCCCUCUGGACGAGCUGCAGAGCAACAACAUCGUCAAACUGAACCUGCACUACACGUCCAUGUCGGCCGAGCUCGUCAGCGAGUACGCCGCCGUGAACAUCACCACCAACCUGUACGUGGUCAGUCAGCCGUGGCUCUUCUCUCUGGCCUGGUGCAGCGGCGUCCACUCGGUCACCACCAACGCCCCCCAGCUGCUCCGCACCAUGAGCGGCCCCCUCCUCCUCAUGAGUCCAGAUGAGUUUAACCUGAUGUGGAUCCUCACCGACCUGCUGUCGCUUCUGCUCAUCGUCAUCAUCUUCACUUUUCACUGGUGGCGAGAGCGAGGUUUGUCGUUCUGCUCGGACGUCACCGUCACGCCGGACAACGGCACCUACAGCAAGUUCAAGACGGAGAUGAGCGACAUAUGGUCGGUCUCCAGCGCCAACUCGCAGGCGGAGAAGACCCCAAACCUGGCAACCGCCACACCGAGCGCCGACACCCGCCUCCCAGAGGAGCCGACCUGGCAACUCUGAGCCGCACACUGCCGACCUGUGGGAUCUCACUGUGAAGUCACUGUUUCAAUGAACCGGUGAAGAUAUUUCUUCACUCCGUUAGAAGCUGUUUCAUCGGCAUUCUGCAUAUUCAAAAAAAAUAGAAUGUUCUUGAUUUUGAAGUUCAGUUUAUUUGGAACUAAUGAAAGUUGUAAAGGAAUAUUGAACAGUAAGUGACGAACACGAAGAGAAACCUUCACCUCGUGUUAUCUGAGGAUCAUUUCUGAUUAUACAUUAUUUUAUGUUCCUACUCCAUUUUAAAUACUUCUGCUCAUUUAAUUUUCUCCUCCUCUCAUUGUAUCUCUCCUUUAAUGCACUUCACCUUUUAGUUUAAUGUUUUAUCCUUUGAUGUUCUUUUAUCCGCUCAUUUGUAAAGAACCUUCAUUUGUGCUUUAUAUAUAAACUCUCUCCACACGUAAACAUGGCAGACAGGUGAAGCUGGUGUCCAUCCUCCUCGCUCACUUCCUGACGUACGGAGGAUCUCAGCGUGUCACGCAAACAUUUCAACUAGGUGGAUUUUUGUGUCUUUGCAUUGACUUUGUACGUAAUCUGGUGUGAACGCCUCAUAUUCUCACACAUUUGUUAAAGUGUCUGAACGUGCACAGACCCGACCCCCUGACAAGAGAAAUAAAACUUAUUCUGUUCUUUGCAAAAUGUCA